UAUUAUCAUUAUUCUAAUAAUGAUGAAGAAUGUUGGAUACAAAAAUGACUACUGUCAAUAUUUGUGAUGCAAAAAUGCUGAUUUAUCCACUUCUAUAUGCACUAUACUACUUACAAGUAUUAUGUACUUGUUGCGAUUUCAAUGUAAUACCUUUAGUGAACUUUUGGAUUGAAGAGAAUAUUGAAAAGGGCACGUUUAUUGGUCAAUUAUCCUCACUGUCGUCAUCAUCAUCAGCCUCAGUUGCUUCGCUAUCUCCAAUCGAUUCAAUAAAAUUUGCCUCUACAUCAUCCACCUGUGCCUAUACAAGUUUAGCUCAACAGCCUAUAUCAAAUUAUUUUCAUAUUGAUUCAAAUGAUGGUGGGAUAUAUGCACUGAGGAGAGUGGAUCGUGAAGCUCUAUGCAGUGAAGAUUAUGUAUUAGAGCGUAUCAGGAGACAUAUCAGUGAUAAGACGCCAAAAUCUGGAAAUUUAUCUCAUAAUAAUAAUAAUACAAGUAGUAUAGACGAGAAUUCCAACAAAGUACAACACACUGUCUUAUCCAAUAAUAAUCAAACUAAUCAGGAGAGCCAUACGACAGUCACUGUAACAACAAAUGCUACAAGACAUUACAGGAAUGUCAAUCAUGCAGUGGAUAUUAGCCAGACACCAGCAACAACAGCAACAACAGCAAGCGUAUGCCAAAUUAAAUUUCAAGUUCUCAUUAGUGAUACUACUGGUAUCAAGUCUAAAAGUAAUAUGCUACAAAAUGUACAAAUUACAAUAUCUGAUUUAAAUGAUAAUAUACCACAGUUUAAUGUACAAAAUUUCUCCCUGAAAAUACCUGAAUCAUCACCGAUAGACGCAGAAUUCCGAUUACCACAAGCAAAUGAUAUGGAUACUGGAGUGAAUGGUAUCUCUGAAUAUCGAUUAGUUCCUUGUAUUCAUGCAGAUGUUGGUGAUGAAAUUCCCUCAUCAUAUCUACUACGCAUGUGUCAUAAACAAGAAAUGAAUCUGGUGCAGAAAUAUUCAGAAACUAGUGUUUUUAUUGAUCUUGACAGCAACAAGAACAUCAAGAGGUCAUCUUCCAGUGAAUAUACGGAAGAGUCUUUGUCGCGAAACUAUGCUGGUGAUUAUUUUAUGCUGAAAACUAAUCUACGCUCAGAUGGUAAACUACAACCGAUAUUAAAACAGAUUCGACUGUUGGAUAGAGAACAGGUGGCAUGGUUGUAUUUAUGUUUGGUAGCUGUCGAUGGAGGCGGUCAGCAAGGCUUUACUUGUGGUUAUAUUGAAAUUAUUGAUGCAAAUGACAAUGUACCCCAAUGGAUUGAUUUACCCUACAGAGUUUCUGUGAGUGAAUGUGAACCGGAUAAACAGAAUAUCUAUGCAGCAAAUAUCAAUAAUAACAAUCACAUGUUUCAGUCACAAAUUCCAUCGCUUCGUCACUUGUAUACCCUGAAAGCUAAGGAUAGCGAUAGUGGUAUAUACGGACAAAUCACUUAUCGACUAGCACCCAGUACAAUGACUGGACACAAAAGACUUCAGCACAAUCAACCAAAAGUAAUGAUUAAAGAGGAUAAAUUGUAUUUAUUAUCAAAAUUAGAUUAUGAACAGUUGACAAAAUUUGUCGUGUACGUCGAAGCUGUAGACGGUGGUGGAUUGGUUAAUUUCACUGAUGUUGAAGUCACUGUUGAAGACUGUAAUGAUCAUGCACCGACAAUCAUGUUGAUCCCGGUAAGGAGUUCAUCGCGUACUACCACUACUACGACUACUACGACAACAAACAUUAACAAUAAAACAUACGGGAUUAGUAAAACAAACAUCCACAGUAUGUUAUCAUUUCCAGUUUUACCUACAUCAAAUAUGGAUUUAUGGAUGGAAGAAGAGAAUUAUGAUCAAAUUAAACUAGCGACUAUAAUGUCUUUUGAUCGGGAUAAAAAGGACAACGGUCGAGUGACUUGUUAUCUUGACAAAUCGGGACAGUUUUUAGAUAGUUUUGAUUAUAGUCAAAUAUUUGAAUUGUUAUCGAAUCAACCGACAAUCAACGCUAUUAGCAGUAGUAGUAUUAGUAGCACCCCUACUGUGACUACUGAUGAAGACCUCAGUAGUAGUAUGAAACAAACUGAUAUUUAUGGUAAUAUUACACUGACAAAUAAACCGUCAAUAUUCAGUUUGUACAAAAAGAGUGGAAUUAAAGUCGAUAGAGAAGAGAGCCAAAAAUUACUCUUUGAUAUUGUUUGUACAGAUAAUGGUGAAGUGAAUCCACAGAUAACAAGGCGUACUGUCCACGUUUUUAUCGGUGAUAUAAACGAUAAUCCGCCGCAGAUACUAACAACAAACGACUUGUUGAGCCAUGCAGCUUCUAGUAGAGAUAAAGAGGCGGUGGAACGUCCAUUUAUUAGUCAGGUAUUCAGUGUACCAGAAAAUGAACCAUUCGGUACAUAUGUUGGCACUGUUAUGGCUAAAGACAUUGAUGAAGGCAUCAAUUCAAAACUGCUCUAUAGUUUCAUAUCAACAUCAUUAGUAGAUAAUUCUGUGAGUGAAAGUGAUUCUAAAGAUGUCUUUGAAAUUGAUCGACUGACGGGGAGAAUUACUACACGAGUUCCUUUAGAUCGUGAAACACAAUCAAGUUAUGUGCUGAAUGUGCAAGUUAUGGAUUCUGGUGAGCCACCUUUAUCUUCCACAUGUUAUAUACAAAUAAAUGUCGCCGAUGUGAACGAUAUGCCUCCAAUAUUUGAAACUUCAGAUCCUAGUGGUAGGAUAGUGUUCCAAGUGACAGAAUCAGUCGGUAAUCGUCGUGUACAUGGUCGCCUAGUUGGACGUCUUAAAGCUUAUGAUAAUGAUCUGGGAUCGAAUCAAACAAUUCGUUUUGCUUUUGUAAAUGGAUCUCUUUUUCCAAAUCAAUUACCAGUCACUUAUCGUAUAUCUUUAGAUGGUCAUAUUUAUGCAGAUGGUAUAAUGGAUAGAGAAGCCUACAAAGAGCAUCAGUUCACAGUGAUAGCAGUUGACGGUGCAUCGACGCAUCAUCAAUUGACAAGCACAGCGGUUGUUUUAGUCACAUUACUUGAUAUAAACGACAAUCCACCUCAAUUUAUCUAUCCGCCUAGUACUACAUCAAAUAAAAUCCCAUCUGAUCUCAUUAAUAUAACAGUAGACACAUCGCCGGGAACUAUUCUCUACUCUGUACGUGUAACUGAUUUAGAUGAACCACAAAAUACAAAGAUUACCUUUGCACUACAUUCAGCACGAUUUUUAUCCGAUUACUUUACACUGAAACAGAAUGAUGUACAUAUAUCUGAAACAGACGGUUACACUGAAGUCAACGCUGAUCUAAUUCUUGUGAACUCGUUAACACAGUUACUGCCAACAUAUAAAGUGAAGCAUACAAGAACUGGGGACAGUGUGAAUAAAAAGCUUACUGGUGAAGCUGCAGCCUUACCAUUGACAAAAGCCGCUGAUGUACAACAACAUCCUUAUCCAACAGAGUAUUUUUUGUAUAUAAUUGUUAAAGAUAGUGAUAAGGAUUCAGGAUUCACAUCCACUGCACGUUUACGAAUUCAUGUAUACACUGAAAGCACAUCGCUGUAUCCAUUAUAUUCAUCAUCAUCAAGUAUAACAUCUUCAAGACACAGGUCAAAUGUAUCCUCUGCAGCCUCAGAGUUAUUACAGGCUAAAAAUUUUGAAAUGUACAAACAACAACAUUCAGAUGGUGCCGUGUAUAGUGUAGACAAAUUUAAUACUUAUGGUGCUGAACUUAAAGACACUGGACAGUUGUAUCAAAAUAAACUCGUUAGUCAUAAUAACAAUAACAAUAACAGUAAUAGUAAUAAUAUGACAGUUUUGUUAAUUGUAUCUAUAAUUAUUAUUUGUAUAUUUAUUGGAGUGUUCUGUUCUGUAGCAAUAUUUUAUAUACGAGGUAAUGUAGCUAACUGUCAAGAGGUUAACAGACCAAGAUCAUCAGAAAUUUAUACAACUACACAACCUUCAUGUACUGACAAUUGGUCUGUUGGGGAAUUAAGUGAACCGUGUAAAACACCUUCAAGUUGGGAAACAUUAAAUUGUAAAGAUAUGACUGUAACGUUAUCCAAAGUUGAUGAGAAUACGCUAAAUAAUAAAAGCAAAACUUAUAUUUUAACUCAACCAGUAAAAUAUCCAAAUACUGAGCUUAUGAAUACCCUACCAAUGGCUUUCAGUCCAAUGUCAAAUCGAAACCAUAAAGUAAAUUUUAUUACAACCUGCCCAUCAGAUAAUAAUUCAGAACAGAUUGGAAUGGAAACAGUCUGUGUCCCGAAUGAACAACAUUAUGAUUUACAAAGUAACAAUGAUUCUAUCCAUCAUAUAUAUUCUCGUCUUCCAGCGAAUGUUCUCAACUCUGAUACAGGUGAACCACACACUACCUAUCUAGCUCCUUAUUAUCAGGAACUUUAUCAUCCAACUUUAAAGCCUACCUAUAAAACUAUUCUGCGUACACCUGGUCAACAGAUCUCCACGUCUGCACCAGCCAACAGAAUUUCAAAUUUAAAAACCCACCAAACAAAUUUUAAUCUUUUACAGAAACCAGUUAAAAAUGAGUCGGUUCAAUUGAAUACAUUUAUGCCAAAAACUUCAUUGAAUAAAACAAAUAAAGAAAAAGUUUUGGAGGUAAAUUUCAAACAUCCAGAUUCUAUGACAAAUGGUGAAAACAUUUAUGAUGCAAAAUCUAUGAAUCCAUCAAAAGGUUUAGACGAUAAACUGAUAUCUUCAUUGAAUGAUCUACAAUCUUGUACAGUAGAAGGUAAAACACAGUUUAUUGAUCAUCAUCACCAUCAUCAAAAUAUGCCUACAAAUAAUAAAAUUCUUCAACCACCCUUGACUCCCACUCAGAAAAGCACCUAUCUCCUGCGGUCAAACAAUGAACAGUCUGAGUGUUUAGAAUGUGAACAGCAUAAAGAACAAACAUCGGCAACUUCCACACUGUGA